UUAAUUAGUUUUGGAUUAUUUGGAAGGUUCCUCACGACCCUCAAAUGACUUCAUAAUUGUGUAUAUAUUGAGUUCACACACUUUAGCCUAUCAAAAAGCCACUAUAAAAAUCAACCAAAAUCCUUUCUUUUGUUCACAAUUUCAUACCCACUAAAAGUAAAAACACUUACUAGUCAAAUUUGUAGCCAAGGAAAAUGUUGUCUUACAAAAAUUUCAUUGUCUUAUUUGCAACUCUUUUAUUAUUAUUAUUAUGCAACUUAGCUGAAGUAGUAACUUCAUUAUCAACUGAAACUGAUAAAAUCACUAGUUUACCGGGCCAACCCCCGGUUGAUUUCCAGCAAUUUUCCGGCUAUAUUAACGUCGAUGAAACCGAAAAAAGAAAUCUAUUUUACUACUUUGUUCAAGCUGAAACUGACCCUUCUUCCAAACCCCUUGUUCUUUGGCUCAAUGGAGGGCCGGGUUGUUCGUCUAUUGGAGCAGGGGCCUUCGCUGAACAUGGGCCUUUUAGAGCAAAAGGAAAUUUAUUGGUAAAAAAUGAAUUUAGCUGGAAUAAAGAAGCAAACAUGUUGUAUCUUGAAUCACCCGCAGGAGUUGGGUUUUCUUAUUCUGCUAAUCAAUCAUUUUAUGAUGGAGUUAAUGAUGAAAUGACAGCUAGAGAUAAUCUGGUAUUUCUUCAGAAAUUUCUAACAAAAUACCCAGAAUACAAGAAUAGGGAUUUGUUCAUCACUGGAGAGAGCUAUGGAGGGCAUUAUGUUCCACAACUUGCUAACCUCAUUCUAAAAUCAAGCCUCAAAUCAAAUUUGAAGGGAGUUGCUCUUGGAAAUCCACUACUAGAGUUUAACACUGAUUUCAAUUCAAGGAUGGAAUAUCUUUGGUCGCAUGGACUAAUAUCGGAUACAACAUAUGAACUCUCCCAAAAAGUAUGCAAUUUCUCACAAAUAAGGAGACAAGCACAACAGGGAUUUCUCUCGGCUCCUUGCCGGUUAGUUAGUUCUCACAUGAGUAGUGAGAUUGGCAAGUUUAUCGACUCGUACGAUGUUACACUCGACGUUUGUUAUCAUUCGGUUUCUCAACAAGCUCAUAUCCUGAAUCAAAUGGCGGAUGAAGAGAAGAUUGAUGUUUGUCUAGAUGAUGAAACAACCAAAUACUUGAACAGAAAAGAUGUACAAAAGGCUAUGAAUGCACAACUUAUUGGGGUCACUCAUUGGACUACUUGUAGCAAUGUGCUCAACUAUCAUAUGGACGAUUUGGAGGUUCCUACUCUUCCUCUACUCGGGACUUUCACUAAGAGUGGCGUUCGUGUUUUAGUUUACAGUGGUGACCAAGAUUCAGUAUUACCAUUAACCGGAUCAAGAAUUCUGGUAACCCAAUUGGCAAAGGACUUGGGACUGAAAACUACCGUGCCUUACAGAACCUGGUUAACAGAUAAACAGGUUGGUGGGUGGACGCAAGUAUAUGGUGACAUUCUUGCAUAUGCAACUAUUAGAGGAGCAGCCCAUGAAGCUCCAUUUUCGCAACCGGCUCGAUCUCUCACGCUUUUCCGCUCCUUCCUCGAGGGGAAGCCACUUCCAGAUGUUUAAUAGCCCGAUAAUUUGUGGAAUCAAAUAUGAAAACCACUUGAUUCGAUGAUUCAAUAACCAUACCCUCAUAGAUAGCAAACUUCAGAAACUGUAUGGAUUUGAAUAUAGGUCUCAAAUAUGAUAAUACAAGAAUGCAUUGCUAAUUUGCUACAACCCAGAAAGCUUCAAUGAUUUUAUACAACUAUUUCCUGCUUGCA